CAGUGUUUUUGUCUGUUCAGUUGUGUUUUGAGGAGAGAGAGAGAGACAAUGUCACCAGCAAACCUCCUAUUAAUGCUGUCUGUGUUCACAGGAGCAGCAGAUGGAUAUUAUUUCUCCACGUGGUCACAGUGCAUCUACAGCUAUCCUGAUUUGAGUGACAUGGUGUUCAUUCUCAGCUUUAACUUCAAUAAAUGGAUGUUUCUUCAGUUCAACAGCACUGUGGGGAUUUUUGUAGGUUAUACUGAGCAAGGAGUUAAAUUUGCAGAGAACUUUAACAAAAAUGAAGCCUAUUUACAGCAGUUGAGAGCUGAAGUUGAUAUAUUCUGCAGACAUAAUGCUGAAAUAUACGAAUCAGCGGUCUUUGAUAAAGCAGUGAUGCCGAAGGUGAACCUGAGUUUGGUGCAGAAGGGCGAUAGCAGACACCCGUAUCUGCUGAGGUGCAGUGCCUAUGACUUCUACCCUCAGCAAAUCAAAAUGUCCUGGCUGAGAGAUGGAAGAGUGGUGUCAGACGUGACCUCCAGCGAGCAGAUGCCCAAUGGAGACUGGUACUACCAGAGUCACUCUGAGCUGGUGUUCAGCCCCAAAUCUGGAGAGACCAUCUCCUGUAUGGUGGAGCACUCCAGCUUGACCGGACCUGUAGUCAUUGACUGGAAGCCCCCUGUCCAUGAGUUUGAGUGGGAUUUUCAGCUGUUAUCUGCUGCCGGAGAUGCCUCCGCGGUGCUGGGAAUCAUCAUUGCCACCGCUGGAUACAUUUACUACAAGACUAAAACAGAGAAGAAUCUAGUAGCAAUUUACUGAUGGUCCUCGUUCUGACUGACGGAGCCUCGUCAUGGAGAAGCACUGCUGUUACAGACUUUAACUGAUCUUUCAAACUAAAAAUAUUAUGAUUAAAACUAGGAAGAAUUACAAUUCUGGAGAAUAUUCCAGCAUCUGUUAUGGUGUGAACGACUGACCACAUGAUAUGGGCCAUUAUCAGAUUUAAAGACUCAAAUGUAGUUAUUUCACACAAUUUAAGUCAAAA